ACUAAAUCCAAGCUAUAUAAAUUCCUGCCCAUUCCAAAGGCUUAUUGCAGUGACUCCACUACCACAAGUCAUUAGUGUUAAAGGUGUGCUCUCUGAGGAAUAAUCAUGAAAUUGGUAGCUGCAAUCUGUGCCCUUUCAGUCAUCUCAGCCUGUCAGGGAAGAUUCCUGAUUCAGGAUGAACCUAAAACCCAUUGGGAGGAGAUGGUGGAUAAGUUCUGGGAGUAUGUAAACAGUGUGAGCUCCACAGCUGAAAAUAUGAAGGCAAGCAUACAAGACACCCAACUUGGAAGAGAGCUUGACACGCUAAUCAGUGACAGCAUGGCCGAGCUGCAGAUGUACACUGAUGAUGUGCAGUCAAAGCUGGUACCAUUUGCCAAGGAGAAGGCUCGAGAAGUGCACGAUGAUCUUCAGCUGCUGAUAAACAAACUGCGUGUUCAUAUGGAGGAGGCAAAGAAUCGCAUUACAGAAUACAGCCAGGAGCUCCAAACCAUGGUGGAGCAGAAUGCAGAUGAGAUCGAUAGCAAAGUUAAUGCAUACAUCCGUAAACUGAAGAAACGCUUCAACAAAGACACCCUAGAGAUCAAAAAGAAAAUUGAAACUUACAUCAAAGAAGUCCAAGCUCGUGCUGAUCAGCAUGCGGACAACAUGAACGAACGCCUGAAGUCUUACUUUGACGUUGUGCGCCAAAAUGCUGAGGAGAAGUUUAACACCCUUAAAGAUUUGCUUAAUGACCAAGCUGAACAAUUGGUGGAGAAAUGGAUGUAUAUCAAAGGGGAGUCUGAGAUGAUCAAAAGUGAUUUGCAUGCCAAAUUACAGAAGAAAAUAGAGAACGCUCAAAACUGGUUUCAGCAAUUCUUUAAUUGAGGGUGAACUAGGCACCAUCAAUAAAAACUUUAAACCACAUAUAAGAUCUAAUAAGCUGAAAAUGUGAUACAAAGUAGACAUUAUGCUCAGGUUAUUGAAAAAAAUAAAUAAAACAAAAUACUUAGGCCUACUAUUAUAUCUGCUGUGACUAUUUAUUCAGCACUAAAUUAAAAUUAAGUACUUCAAGAACAAUUGAACCUGUCUGUUUUGCUUACACUGCUUAGAACAUUGGCUUCAGUACUACAGCAGAAUGUCAUUGACUUUACAAAGAAUCUUAAAUUUAAGCUGUGUUAUAAACCUAGAAUAGGAUGCAAACAGAUAAAGUUUCUAUAAGAAGUAAUGGUACCAACCAUAAAAUGUUGGAAGCAAGCCUUCAAGUGCCAAUUUUCACUCAAAUAAGAAGCAAUACUCUGCUGUAUUAUUUUUAUAUGUUCCCUCCAUGAUAUAUAUUUUUCAUUGACGAGAAAAUAAAUCUUUUCAAAUCUGUGCAGCAAA